CAUAUUAUAGAUUUCCAGUACGAGAAACAUACAUAAUUUAAGUUUAAUUUCCAAAGGCAAUGGACAAUGGACGUUUAGAACCGUUUGAAACGCUCGAGAAAGAUUAUUACUUGGGUGAGCGUAACGGUUGGUAUAGUGAUGGUGAACAAAGAGACAGCGAAAGUUCUGAUGACGAAUUACGCGAACAAUUAUCAGAAUUAGCUGGCAUGCGGUGCGAAUCUGGGAAAGGAAGACAACAUGGAAAAGUGAAGAAGUUGGAUAAAUUUGAAUCAGAUAUGGACAGUGAACUGAGCGAAAAUUUUGUGACACAUACAUCGAGAAUGUUUUCGUCAUCGAUGAAAAGAAGUGGAAGAAAUUUAGAAAUUGGCGGCGAAAAUGAGAUGGAUGCAGAAAGUAGUGGCAGCAAAACUGUACAGAAUGACAGCACUUCAAACACCGAUCCUACCUCAUCAACAAAUAACAAGGACUCAUCAAAUAACUCCGUGAAAUCGGUGACUUUCGAAAGCCAGUUGGGCAAACAUACGAACGCUAAGCAGAGCUCAAAAUCUUCCAAUGAUAGUAAAAAAAGUGAAGUUGAAUUCUACGAUUCGGAUGAAGAUGAAGACAAUGAACGCUGGGUACGUCAUCAUCGCGAACAACUGAAAAUCGUAAAGUCCUUGAAUAAUUCUCCCAAAAAGGAUACGAGAACUAAGCAAAAAAAGGAUCAGGACCAUGAAACGGAUGCAGUACUAUCAUGUCCUGCAUGUAUGUCGUUAUUAACAAGGGAUUGCCAAAGACAUGAGCUGUAUCUUAAUCAGUAUAGGGCUAUCUUUGUGGAAAAUUGCAAUGUGGUGGAAAAUGAAGUGUUAUUUCUGCCCCAGUCAGGGAAAAAUAAGAAGGCUCGGAAAAACGCUGCAGGGCUUAAACCGAAUGCUGUCGUUGAUCCUGCCAAUAUUACAACGCUUCCGAAGGAAGAUUUAUUUCAUCCAGUCCUUUGUAGUAUUUGCGCCACAAAUGUUGGAGUAUGUGAUUUUGAGGAGGUUUUUCACUUUUUCAAUGUUCUUACAGGUUAUGCUUGAAGGCUGUAUGGUAUAAUGAUUUAAUUAAAUGUUUCACUGGCAAUUCCUCAUAUCUAUAUUUUUUGAUUGUUGUGAUUCUUAGUAUUUGUGACAAAUUCGCUUUAUUAAAGUUCAUCGCAUCUAAUAGUGCUUCCCAUGACUUUCUGCGGCAUUCAUUUUGUGAAUCUGUCAAGAGUUGCUUUUUGAAAUCUCUUCAGAGUUUAAUGCUUUACCAGUGAUGUUCAUUUUGCUAAAGGAAUGAAUGCAGUUGAGCCAUGUUUGACAUUUCAGUAUAUUGCAGCAUUGCAUGACACUG